AUGGUGUUCUUACCGGACGAAAAGCUCGAUCCUCUCGGGGCCAUCCCCGACAGCAUUCCAAUUAACGAGUUUAUGCUCAAUGAGCGAUAUGGACGAGUCGCCCACGACAGCUCAAGGGACCCGUUCACAUGCGGUCUGACUGGCAAGACGUACUCGUCCCGCGAGGUGGUGGACCGAGUCGACCACAUUGCGCGGGGUCUCGCCAAGGAAUUCGGAUGGGCUCCAAACGAGGGUACGGAAUGGGACAAAACGCUGGCGGUUUUCAGCGUCAAUACGAUCGACUCUGUGCCCUUUUUCUGGGGUGUCCACAAACUGGGCGGCAUCAUAUCUCCUGCCAAUGCCGCAUACUCGGCCGAGGAAUUGAAGCACCAAAUUCUGGACUCGGGCGCAAAGGCUUUGUUCACCUGUGUCCCGCUCCUGUCUGUCGCACUGGAUGGCGCCGCUCAGGCUGGCCUCCCCAGGAGCAAAAUCUAUCUGAUUGACGUUCCGCAACCACUUCUCGGCGGGGCAAAGCCCCCGGCCGAGUUCAAAUCUAUCUCGCGACUAGCGGAAGAGGGGAAGACCCUACCCGCACUAGAGCCGCUAAAGUGGGGACCUGGAGAAGGUGCUCGACGGACUGCAUUUUUGUGCUAUUCGAGUGGAACGUCUGGCUUGCCGAAAGGUGUCAUGAUCUCCCACAGAAAUGUCAUCGCCAACACUCUACAAAUCACAGCAUUCGAUAAAAGUUACCGUCAACCCCUUCAGCCAAGCGAUGGAAAGUCCAUUUGGUCCGAGGUCGCCCUUGCCCUGCUACCGCAAAGCCAUAUCUAUUCCCUGGUCGUGAUCUGUCACGCUGGUCCUUACCGUGGAGAUCAAGCCGUGGUCCUUCCCAAGUUUGAGCUCAAGUCUUAUCUGGCCUCAAUCCAGAAUUUCAAGAUCACCGGUCUAUAUCUGGUGCCACCGAUUAUUAUCAACAUGUUGCGCAGCCAAGAGGUUUGUUCAAAGUAUGAUCUCAGCUCUGUGAAGAUCUUGUUCACCGGCGCUGCGCCGCUUGGGAUGGAGACUGCGACCGAAUUCCUCAAGAUCUAUCCGAAUGUUCUCAUUCGCCAAGGAUAUGGCCUGACGGAAACUUCUACUGUUGUCUCCUCCACACAACCGCAUGACAUCUUCCUUGGCUCUUCUGGAUCUUUGAUACCUGGCAUCGAGGCCCGCAUCAUGUCGCCCGAGGGACAGGAAAUCACUGCGUAUGACACCCCCGGCGAGCUGGUCGUCAAGUCACCCAGUGUAGUCCUGGGGUACUUGAACAACGAAAAGGCCACCAAAGAAACAUUCGAGGAUGGAUGGAUGCGAACCGGUGACGAAGCCGUCGUGCGCAAAAGCCCCCGAGGCAUUGAGCAUGUCUUCAUUGUCGACCGUAUCAAGGAGUUGAUUAAGGUCAAGGGCCUACAAGUGGCACCCGCUGAGCUAGAGGCCCACAUUCUCACGCACCCCGAUGUGGCCGAUUGCGCCGUCAUUGCUGUCCCCGACGACAUUGCGGGCGAAGUCCCCAAGGCGAUCGUGGUCAAGUCCCCUUCUGCAGGCACAGACGAAGCCACUGAGCAGUCGAUCAAAAAGUUCGUUGAAGAACAGAAGGCGCGUCACAAGUGGCUGAAGGGUGGUGUUCGCUUUGUAAACGCGGUUCCCAAGAGCCCCAGUGGAAAGAUUCUGCGCCGCCUUCUUCGGGACCAGGAGAAGGAGGCACGGAGAAAAGCAGGUGCCAAAAUCUAG